AGGUAUCGUUGCUGUUCCACAGCGUUCCACGGUUAGGGCCAUUUUUGGUAAUUCUCGCCGGUGGCAGUGUGUGGACCAGAUUCCACGUAUCAAUUAAAACUGUUUAUAAAUAAAUACAUACAAACUAAAAACGGCAUACACUUGCUCAAAAGAAACGGAGAUAAAUUGCGUUCGUUCUUCCACUGGGUUUCUUUUCCUGCCAAUUCCCUGAAAUUUCACAAGGCAAAAGAGGGCGAGACAGGAGAGACGGUGAUACAACAUGGAUGAGGAAUAUGACGUGAUCGUUUUGGGAACCGGACUCACCGAAUGCAUCCUCUCUGGGAUCAUGUCUGUGAAUGGAAAGAAAGUGCUGCACAUGGACAGGAACCCCUACUAUGGAGGUGAAAGCUCCUCCAUCACCCCUCUGGAAGAGCUGUACAAGCGCUUUGAGCUGCCUGACAGCCCUCCAGAGUCUAUGGGUCGUGGAAGAGACUGGAAUGUGGACCUCAUCCCCAAAUUUCUAAUGGCCAAUGGUCAGCUUGUGAAGAUGCUGCUAUACACAGAGGUGACAAGAUACCUGGACUUCAAAGUAGUGGAGGGUAGUUUUGUGUACAAGGGAGGAAAAAUCUACAAAGUGCCCUCAACUGAGACUGAGGCACUAGCUUCAAAUCUUAUGGGUAUGUUUGAGAAGAGAAGGUUCCGGAAAUUCCUAGUGUUUGUGGCUAACUUUGACGAGAACGACCCUAAGACCUUCGAGGGCGUCGACCCCAAAGUCACCACCAUGAGAGAUGUGUACAAGAAGUUUGACCUUGGUCAGGAUGUCAUCGACUUCACUGGCCAUGCCCUGGCCCUCUACAGGACAGACGACUACCUUGAUGUGCCCUGUUUGGAGACCAUCAACCGCAUCAAACUGUACAGUGAAUCCCUGGCCCGAUAUGGGAAGAGCCCCUACCUGUACCCCCUCUAUGGCCUCGGGGAGCUGCCUCAAGGAUUUGCCAGGUUAAGUGCAAUUUAUGGAGGAACCUACAUGCUCAACAAACCAGUGGAGGAGAUAGUAAUGGAGGAUGGCCAUGUGGUGGGAGUGAAGUCUGAGGGAGAGGUGGCUCGGUGCAAACAGCUGAUCUGUGACCCCAGCUACAUCCAGGACCGAGUGCGUAAGGCAGGUCAGGUGAUCAGGGUCAUCUGUAUCCUCAGCCACCCCAUCAAGAACACCAACGACGCCAACUCCUGUCAGAUCAUCAUCCCUCAGAACCAGGUCAACCGCAAGUCAGACAUCUACGUGUGUAUGAUCUCCUACGCCCACAACGUGGCGGCCCAGGGGAAGUACAUCGCCAUCGUCAGCACCACCGUGGAGACCAGUGAGCCUGAGGCUGAGAUAGAACCUGCUCUGGAGCUGCUGGAGCCCAUUGACCAGAAGUUUGUGUCCCUCAGUGACCUCUAUGAGCCCACAGAUGACGGUACUGAGAGCCAGAUAUUCGCCUCGUCGGCCUACGACGCCACCACUCACUUCGAGACCACCUGCAACGACAUCAAGGACAUCUACAAGCGUAUGACAGGCAGCGACUUUGACUUUGAGAACAUGAAGCGCAAACAGAACGAUGUGUUUGGGGAGGAUGAGCAAUGAGGAGGGAGGAGCAUCAGGGCAAGGGAGAGGCGGAGAGAGGAGUGAGAAGGAGUUUUUAAUAGAAAAGAGGCCAUAUGAUAGAGGGUAGGACAGUACAAAGAUAGGGCUAGGGCACUGUAGGGGCAGGUUACUAAGCAGGGUACUGUAUUUGGGAGAUAGUGGGGGAGUCUGAGUAAGUGAAGUUUCUAGGUAGUGGGUGGUGAUGGAUCUAGGGAGUUCUAGGAGGUUCUAGGUUCCGUGGGUGUGGUUCUGACUCCUUUUGCUCAUGUCCCUCCCUUUCCUGAGGUCUCCGUACUCAAACACAUUUAAAGCACUCACACACACACACACACACAUCGUUCCAAGACUCACAUUCCCUAUAUCUAUCUAUCACUGAAAAGCAGGGUUGAUAUGGUCUUUCAUUCCAUUUUCGAUGAUCUAUAAACUACAUGUCUAAACUAUUAUCAUUAGAGGUUGACUGAUCCAUUGUUGUGGCAAAGUCUGUUUCUCAUAUCAAGGUCAAUGACAUUGCAAGAAUGUCUGAAUUCUGAUGUAAAAUGAAGGAAUGACUAACUGUAGAAAAUGCAGAAAGUUUGAAUUGGAAACUGUUUUUGAAAAGACAGUUUAGUCAAAAAUAGGGAUUUGACUCUGCUCUGGAUGUGUCACCUCUAAUCGACAUGCAUGCAUAUUUUACACAUAGUAGGAUUGUACAUAGAACAUGAUGACACAGCAGCGCUCUGAAGGCUGGGCCAUUCUCACACUGAUCAUUCCAUCCUGUCAACCCUGCUUUCACUCUCGUCUAACUUACUGGUCUGUUACCCAUCAUACUUAUUUACAUAGAUGGCUCCUUUUUCAGCAAAUAGCUCUCUCGGUCAGACAAAAUGUUUAAAAAUGAAAAGUUAUUAAUAUAUCAAUGGGCUGUCUGUCAAACUGAUAGUGCUCACUUUGCAGUGCUGUUGUGUUCCCUGUGCUAGCAGACAAGCUAACCGGUGGCUAACUGUUCUGUUGUCCCUAAAACCACGUUUUGUUUCUCUGUCUGUUGUGUGACGUCAAAGAUACAGUUUGAAUGGUUUACGUUUUUCUAUUUACAUCGUUAUGAGUUUUAUUUCGUAAUAUUUGGUGCACAUUUUCACUUGCUGAAGUUAUGAAGUUUACUGAAUUUGAAAUGGAAACAUGGAAUGAUACUCUGAAGUGGACUUCAUGAGGUCAAACACUGAUAAGGUCAUUUGUGGUGUAGAAAAGCGAGAGAGGUUAGGCAUGUUGGUGAGGUUUUAUGAGUAAGUAUGGAAGAGUUUGUCGUGGAAUGAGAGAGUUUUAAUCAAAAGGGAGGUCAGAUCAGAUCACUACAUGUUGAGAUGAGAUGAAGGCGCCAUGGUGAUAAGAACCAAUGUAGCUAGGGAAUGUCGCAGACUUGAGAUCAGGAAAGUGUCACUUUUGUGUUAAAGAAGGCAGACUGAACUCUCGGCUUGUAGUGAAAGGAAGCACCAGAUCAUGUUAUGAUCUAACCCUUGUUGUGUAUGUCCCACAGAGAGACUAAUUCCCUUUGAACUCCUGCCAGGCAACCUUACAGUAGCUAGUGGAGGGAAAAACUGACACUCCCAAAAUGUAAAACACUUAACAGGAUGCAGUAUUACAAAAAGUCAUGAGGCCAUGGUAUAAAGUGCCUCCCCAGAGUAUGAACCAAUAUGCUUUUACUUGGUUUUAGCCUUAAUUUGGGGUCUUAUUCAAUAUGUUCGGGUUCUCUAAAAAUGUGAUCAUUUCAUUAUAUUUAAAAACAAUGUAAUCUGCAGAUUAUUCCUGACCUUGGAGCGAUAUUGAUGUCAGUUGAUUGACUUGAUGCAGCAAAUGUCCUGUGUAUUUCAUGACUGCUAACUGUGAACAUUGUAUUUCCACUACUACCCACAUAGUCUAUUAUUACAUAGAGAUUGACUAGAAUUCUAAGAUUCUAUCUAUUCAUAUGGUAUAAUAACUCCUGUGGUUAUGUGGACUUGGCUGUGCCCUAUGUCAGUCUCCCCCAUUGUAGCUACCCUUAACCUCCAUUCUGUCUGACCCUUUGGAGUUAGCUGUGUUUUCUUCAUCUAUGUUUCCAUGCAUGACAUUGCUUUGAGGUUUGGAUCUGCAGCGUGGUUACUUAUUUACAGUACAGUACAUAUCAAUGGUGGGCAGCAAUGGUGGGCAGCAAACCUUACCCUUCAAACAUGAUUACAGUAACAUGGUGGAAGCUAGUGUGAAUGAUUGCCUAUCCCUUCCUGUAGUCCCUCCAUAACUAUAUCUCUAAACUACACAGUUAUCACAUGUUCGGGUGGCUUUAUGUGUCUUAUUAUUAUAAUGGUCUUUUUAUUUAUUUAAUUUCACUUAUUAAACUUGUUAUUGUGGUGGAAGGUUUAAGUGAAAUGCUGACUAUGCUUCUCUGCUAUUAAUUUGUUAUAUUAUCAUAACGAGACUGAUCUGAGAGUGACGCAUAUAUGCAGAUGUCAUUGUUUUUGCUUUGUUGUUAUUUACUGUGUCAUGUUUCACCUGAUUUAGUGGUUAUUAUUAGUGUUACAUGGGUUAAGCAUUAUUAACAGGUCUUAUAACAGGUUGGGAUGGAUAAUGGUAGGACGAUAGCAACAGUCUCUGGCCCACGAUCAUAGGGUUCAUUUCACACUUUUAACCUUUUUUAGACACAUUUCUACAGACUGUGCAGUUUACACUUUGUGUGAAUUUCAUUCUCGAAUCAUGUUAUCUUGGUGAUACUGGAAUAGUGUUAAGUUUACUCUGCAAGCUUAUCUAGUUAUAUUUGAACCUUUUUCCCUUCCUCACCACCAGAUGUUGUCUUCGCUUUUUUUAUUUAUUUAAACAAAAGCCUACAAUGUGGUUGUACUGUAUUAAUUUCAGAGUUUUUGCCUUUGACAAAUAUUAUAUUGAUAUCCCUUGACAUUGACGAAAACAUAGGUCAGUCUGAGUAGCAGACAACUUACAGCCCUUUGUUUGAUCACCAGUAUGUGAACAAUGCCUAAUAAUGUAUUGUGUAACAAACAAAUAAAAUGAAACUAUGAACGAAACGAUACAAAAAAAUUAAAAGCACAUGGCAAACCUGAAAAGUCAAA